UCGAGAACCGGACGAUAUUCCAAUCUGCCCCUUUUGCGCACCACCUGCUUUUUGUUUUUUCCUCUCCCUCUCUUCUCCCUCUUGUCUUCCUUGCAACACACACAACCCGGAUUAAAUUACGCGUUGCACCUUUAAGAAACUGUCACCCGGAUUAGAGUUACACUCAGUGAGCCAAGUCGCCCUGCGGAGGGGUUUUACGCACCGUUCGGUAUCCAGGGGAAGGCUCUCUCUCCUUCUGCGACACAUCACCUCCUCUCCGUCCUCCUCGCUGGUCCUGACAACUCGCCCUCGGGGUAGCCCUGAGCAAGCAUGGCCGAGAUGGGGAAAGGGGUCACCGCCGGGAAACUGGCCAUCAACGUCCAGAAGAGGCUCACCAGAGCGCAGGAGAAGGUCCUGCAGAAGCUCGGCAAAGCGGACGAGACCCGAGAUGCUGCCUUUGAGGAGAUGGUGGCAAACUUCAACAAGCAGAUGGUAGAAGGCACCAAACUGCAGAAAGACCUGAAAACCUACGUGACAGCAGUGAAAACUCUGCACGAUGCGUCACGGCGGCUGCAGGACUGUCUGGCCGACAUGUACGAGCCUGACUGGUUUGGCAAAGAGGAGAUGGAUGCGUUGGCAGAGGACACAGACACGCUGUGGUUGGACUACCACCAGAGCAUCACGGACAAAUCUGUGACCUGCAUGGACACGUACCUGACUCAGUUUCCUGAUAUUAAGGCUCGUAUAGCAAAGCGCGAUAGGAAGAUGGUGGACUUUGACAGUGCCAGGCAUCACUUUGGCUCCUUACAGAAAGGGAAGAAGAAGGACGAGGCCAAGAUCGCCAAGCCAGCAGCCCUGUUGGAGAUGGCGGCUCCCAGCUGGGCUCAGGGUUUGAUAUCAGCCCACCAGGUGGCUCAGACUAACCUCUCCUACAACCAGGCGGAGGAAGACCUGGGUCGAGCCCAGAAGAUUUUUGAGGAGCUGAACGUGGAGUUACAAGACGAGCUUCCAGCACUGUGGGACAGUCGUGUUGGCGUCUAUGUUAACACAUUCCAGAGCCUGGCAGGUCAUCAGGAGAAGUUCCACAGAGAUAUGAGCAAGCUCAGCCAAAACCUGAACGACAUCAUGACCAAACUGGAGGAGCAGCGGCAGCUCAAAAAAGAUGGUACUGCAGCAGCAAAGACAGAAGAUGGUGCAAAGAGUGAGGAAGCCGACGACAGCAAAUCAGUCAGCCCAGCACAAAAGGCGGUGCAGAGGCCCGGCCCACCUCCCAGUCGGCCUCCCCCCAGGCCGUCGCCGUCUCCGGACCCUGUCCAGCAGCAGAACGUCAGCCUGUUUGACAACGAGGCCUCGGUGCCUGACCCUAACGUCGACUCCGCCACGACGACGACAACACACCAGAGUGCUGUGACCAAUGGCUCUGACGGCGAACUCCCUCAAGGAUUUCUCUACAAGGUAAAAGCGGUACACGAUUAUGCUGCCACCGACGGGGAUGAGCUGGAGCUGAAGAUGGGAGAUGUUGUGCUUGUUUUGGGCUUUGACAACCCAGACGAACAGGAUGACGGCUGGCUCAUGGGUGUGAAGGAGUCUCAAUGGUUGCAGGAGAAGGAUGCUUCCGCCAAAGGUGUUUUCCCUGAAAACUUUACCCAGAAGUUUUGAGGCUCGUGACACCUAAAAGAUUCUGUUGCCCAAUCUCUGCCUCAAACUCUUCAGAUGGGUAAUCUGAAAAAAUCUAAUCGCAAUGAAAUGUUUAUUUAUGCAGGAUAAAAUAUUGGCUCAGCGUGAUGAGAAAGGACGUGUCAAUGGCUUUGACACCAAGUGAUUUGUUUGUGCGGCUGAAAAGAAUGUCUCUGUGCUCGUCUGUGGAAUCAUCACAGAUGUCUUGAGCACAUUUUAUGCAAAGCAAAUAAAGCAUAUGUCAAAGUAAAAAUAUAACAGAGACAAAGUGGGUUUUCUGGUAUCUGAUAUGUUUAAGAUGUCAAAUUAUGCACCCAAAAAUAAACAUAUUAUUCUUUAUUCUAAUUCCUAAAUUAUUUAUAUGUUGCUGAACUCCAAUGAAACACAAAAAACUGUGUUAGCAAUAUCCCAAAAAUAUUUAAUUGGGAGGAAGUCGUGACUUUACUGUAUGAAUGUCAAAAUAUUUAUGUUGUGUAUUGUCAGCUAUUGUCAAAGCUUUUCAAAAAUAUUACUUCAAGAACUUUUCACAGUUCCUUGCAUGAAGCAUUUGAUCCUGUCGUCAUUUACUUCAUAAGACAACAAAUGCUAACACCAGUUGGGGUCGCACUAUGAAAUAUGGUUGUGAUUGGCAAAAAGUGCAGGUGUCCCAGACUAGCACUCUGGAAAACACCACAGAUAUAAACCGUAUGUUUGCAGGGCUCUGCCUUGCAUUUUAAAAAUCUAUUAGUUUCUGGGGCUUGUCAAAGGGAACAGUGGUUUUUCAUUUAUGUUACGACAAUUUUGAGGACAUGACUUGGCUUGUGGCUUACAUUUUCUAAUGCACAUGUGGUUUUAUUUCGAUUUUUUUGAAUCAUCUUUUCAUUGAGGUGUGAAAUGCAAAAACCUCUCAAACUCAGCUUUGAAUUAUUUCCCCCUUCAUCUUCUUCAGUUAUUUAUUUACCACUGAUUUAGACAAACUCUUUACUUAAAAAUUCUUUCAUAUGAACCUCUGUGAUCUGUUGGACAGGACUGUGUGUCCAUGGCUGCAACAUCCGUCAUAACAAGGCUCGGACAUUAAAAUCUAAACCUUUGUUUAGUUCGAAAUGCUGAGGCUGUCAUCCAAAGUAAUUUAAACCGAACACUGUGCAGAAACCAAAGUUAAACCCAUGAAAACAUUUAUUUUUAAAUGUGGUUUUAAGGAACAUGUGGUAACUAUUGCACCAUCUGCUGGAUCAAAUCAGUUAUUAAAGACUAAUGAAGCCGUG